CAGCUUGUCACAUGGUACAAGGCUGUUGUGAAUAGCCUUGUACCAUGUGACCUCUGUGAUCAUUCACAGAUUUCACACGUAGUAAGCAAUGAUGUCACAAGUGACAUCUUGCUUACUACUUUGCAUGUGAUCACUGAUUGGCCAAUCAGUGAUCACAUGAUCGGGACCUCGUACAGAGGUCCCGUCCGACGAUCAGUGUUUCACUACUGUGUCCUUAUUGGACACAGUUGGUCACAUGGUACAGGACGAUUUCAUUGGUCCUGUACCAUAUUA